AUGGCGUCUCUCCUGCAGCCGGACACUGUGCUCUAUCUGGUUCGUGGAGAGAAGAGGAUCAGAGCUCCUUUAUCACUACUUUACUUCUGUCGAUACUGCAGUGAAUUGCGGUCUUUAGAAUGUGUGUCUCACGAGGUGGACUCUCACUAUUGCCCUAGUUGUUUGGAAAACAUGCCAUCAGCAGAGGCCAAGCUUAAAAAGAACAGGUGUGCUAACUGUUUUGACUGCCCCUGCUGCAUGCACACUCUAUCCACUCGAGCUACAAACAUCCCAGCGCCUCUGCCCGAUGACCCAACUAAAACCACCAUGAAGAAGGCCUAUUAUCUGGCCUGUGGGUUCUGCCGCUGGACCUCCAGAGAUGUUGGAAUGGCUGACAAAUCAGUUGCAAGUGGUGGGUGGCAAGAACCAGAAAACCCUCACAGUCAGCGAAUCAACAAACUUAUUGAAUAUUAUCAACCAUUAGCUCACAGAGAAAAGCAGGAGAGGGACCGCAAGAAAAUGGCACGUAGAAGACAAGGGAUGCCACUAGCUUUUUCGCAACACACUAUCCAUGUGGUGGAAAAAUAUGGCCUGGGAACCCGACUGCAAAGGCAAAGACCUGGGGGACCUCUUUCAGGGCUUGCUGGCCUUUCUCUUAAAGAGGGGGAGGAUCAGAAGGAAAUCAGCAUUGAACCGGCCCAGGCCCUCGAUGAAGUGGAGCCGCUGCCUGAAGACUGCUACACUCGCCCUGUCAAUCUUCCAGAAGUGACCACUUUGAAGCAGCGUCUGUUGCAGCCGGACUUCCAGCCUGCGAACGCUUCUCAACUGCACCCCAGACACAAGCACCUGCUCAUGAAGCGCUCUCUCCGAUGCAGAAAAUGUGAGCACAACCUGAGCAAGCCAGAGUUCAACCCAACUUCUAUCAAGUUCAAAAUCCAGCUGGUGGCUGUGAGUUAUAUCCCCGAAGUAAGAAUUAUGUCCAUUCCAAAUCUCCGGUUCAUGAAGGAGAGUCAAGUGCUUCUCACGCUGACUAACCCGGUGGAGAAUGUGACCCGAGUGACACUGGCUCCUUGUGAAGAAGAAGAUCCUGAUGACAUUAACAGCACGGCCAAGGUCAUGGUGCCGAGCAAAGAGUUAGUUUUGGCCGGAAAGGAUGCGGCUGCCGAGUAUGAUGAACUGGCAGAACCGCAGGACUUCCAGGACGACCCGGAUAUUGUUGCCUUCAGGAAAUCAAACAAGAUCGGCUUCUUUAUCAAAGUCAUCCCUCAGAAAGAAGUGGACGGCGAUGUCACGGUUUCAUUUAAAAUCCGACACGACUUCCGUAACCUGGCGGCUCCCCUCAGGCCCAGCGAGGAGGGGGGCGACAUCCCGGCAGAGGCUAUUUGGCUCACCCAUCAUGUAGAGCUGAGACUGGGGCCACUGGCUUCAUAA